UGAUCAGCCCCCGGCCCUGCUUUACCCGAGCAUCGACUUCACGGCAAUAAGGAGAACUUACAAUGACUCUGUCGCCCGGGUCCAGUGGAGGACCAAGCAGGUCUUGGACUUCGCAUUUCUCUUCUGGUAUGCUUGGACUCGCCAUCCUUCAUCCUAUUACUUGGUGCUUGAAGAUGAUGUUCUCAGCGCAAAGCAUUUUGUCACUGCUAUCAAAGAUUUUGUUUCACUCCACAAAAGUCACCAUUGGAUAUCACUGCAGUUGGCAGGGUUCCUGGGUAUCGGGCAGCUGGUGCGAUGCAGCGACCUGGACCGCCUGGUUUCGUUUCUUCUACUGUUCUACCGCGAGCAUCCUGUCGACGUCCUGAUCAACCACUGGAUCUCUCUGAUGGCGCCGGAGAAGCCCCCCAAAGACCGUCCUACCCGGAGAGUGCCCGGGCUCUUCCAGCACAUCGGAGUCCACUCGACGCUGGCGAAUAAGACGCAGUCGCUGAAGGAUAAUACAUUUAGGAGCGACUCUGUGCGACCGAAGUUUCAGCAGGUCAAGCAUGGAAGGACCAACUCACUGCUGCAGGAGUUUCACCGAGCAAAACUGAAAAGUUUGGUAAAGCGUCGUUUCUCGCACGUCAAUCCAACAGCUGAUGUGGUGACAACUAUCAGGCAGUAUAAGGCCUACCUGGCAGAGCAUGCAUAUUCCUCUGCGCCCGGGAUGUUUUGGGGAAUCCCCAAACCUGGCGAUUCUUUUGAUAUACUUUUCCCAGAGCCUCUAAAGUUAUCGAGAGUUGUGGUGCUCACAGGGGCGGCAAUUAACAAAAAGAUUAGAGACAAGCUUUUAUAUGGGAGUCUUGAGAUCUCCCAGAAGUUUCUGAAGAUGGAGAACCCAAAGAAGGCCUCGUGUAAAAGCUUUUCUCCCGUCCAGGAAUUUAAAAACGGAGAGCUUGACAUGAAGCAUCUAAGACAGCUCUAUCCACAAGGGAUCCAGUGUCUAAGAAUAAGCAUCGGAGCCAAGCAGAAGUCGUGGGUGGCCAUCACCGAAGUGGCGGUCUUCACGGACGAGGACUCGGCCGCGGAGCCCACUCCUGCGGCUGCGGCUGUGGGGAAGGGGGAGGCCAGGGGCAGGAGCAAGAGCACCUGAGCGCGGGGUCAGAAAGGGAAAUAGCAAGGGCGUGUCUUUGGAAGGAAUAUUGAUAAUGAAGUAUAAUUCCAGAAUGUAUGAAUGAUCAUUUAUUUGUAUAUGUAUUCGUAAAAUGGAUAUCAAUAGCAAAGGAGAACAGGUAGACGGGUAAUGUAACACUGAUUCUGUAAAAUAUGCAAUUUAUUUAUUGUAGUACUGCAGUAUGUUACAAAACAUGCAUUAUUACUGCAUUAUACACAUAUUUGCAUCUAAACUGCUUCAUUUCCAUGUUUAUUUAAGUUCUUACUUAACCUGGUUAUUUCUUUGUGUAAUGACACUAGGUCCAUAUAUCACAUCUACAGACUUUAGGAUGCAGUAAAUAUUAGUGAAAGGUGAAGAGACACAAGUAAACAUAAAAUGAAUUAAGAAUAGUUUCAUAAGUUCUGACACAUUGGAAUACAAUUUUAAACAGAAAUUUUGAUUCAUUUUUAUGGGAGUUCAAUCAGCUGUACUAAA